AUGGGGCGGCCAAGGGUGUUGAGCUACACCUUCGGCCCAGCAAGCCGAAAUGCUGAGAAGACGAAGACGAAACUUCGCAGAAUCAAAGCAGCCAAGCUGCAAUUUGCACAGGAAAUCGGACACGGAGGCCUGGCCACCGUCCACGGUGGCCAUCUCGGUACCAAGGCAAUAGCCUUCAAAGUUGUUCGCUCCCAGCCAGGCUUACUGGCAGACCCCGAGACAGACCGCAGAGCCCUACAUGAAGAAGCCAUGAUGCUGCACCGACUUUCGCAUCCCCAGAUCGUUGAAGUGAUUGGCCUCGUGUCCGAGCAGGGCAUCGUCAACGGCUUCGUCAUGGAGCGCCUCGGAGAGUCCCUCGAGCAAGCUUCCAGCCGAGGCCAUCUGUGCUGGCAACGCCUGGAGAAGGCUUUCGGGCAGAUCGUCGAGGCGGUCGCGCACAUCCACCGUCUCCUGAUCGCGCACACCGACCUCAAGCCGGCGAACGCGUGCUUCAAGCGUUACGGGCACUUCCCCGUCGCUUAG